UCAGGACUUGGGGACCCUUUUAUUGGAGCCAGUAUGGAAGGACCCUUGCGUCGGGGCCAGGACUUGGGGACAUCGGCGUUGGGGUCAGGAUUUGGAGACCACCGUACGGGGACCGCAGCAUCUCCCCGAGGCUCAGCGGGCUGGAAACAGGGGACAGCGGGGGCAGGUUGCGUCUGUCCUGUCCCUCCUCGCAGGGACUGUGACUGAGGGGACAGAUCCGGGCUCCCGCACCGACACCCUGGGUGACUCCGGAUAAUUCGGAUGCGGCACCGGCGCUGCUUAACCCCAUCCUGAUCCAGCCUUCGCCCCGAAACCCCGCUGCCAUGAAGAAGAAGCCAGGCAACGGGAGGGGGCCAGAUCCUGCGGCCCCCCAGCAGCGAGCCCGGGGCAUCACCAAGCCGGCGGAGUAUGUGGGCUCCUUCGCGGUGGAGGACUUGGACCUGCAGCAGCAAGUGGGGCGGCUGGAGGAGCAGCUGCGGGCGCUGAAGGACUGCCCGAGGAGGAGGUCGGUGGUGCUGAGGUUCAGCUUGCAGGGGCUGAAGGUCUACAGCGCCGACGGGGAGACGCUGCUGAUGGCGCACGCUCUCCGCCGGAUCCUGUACAGCACGUGGCGACACGCCGACUGCCAGUUCGCCUUCGUGGCCCGCAAUCCCCGCAGCCCCGCCACCAGCCUCUUCUGCCACCUCUUCGUGGGGCUCCCGGGCGAGGUCCAGACCCUGCACCUCUUGCUCUGCCGCUCCUUCCAGCUCUGCUACCUCCUGGCGCACCCCGAGGAGCAGGCGGGCGAGGGGGAGCCCCCGGGGGCUGGGGUGCUGCGGGAGCCGCUCAACCCCGAGGAGGUGUCGCGCAACGUCAACGCCCUCGUCUCCUUCCGCCGCCUGCCCGCGCCCACCGGCCUCGGCUCCCUGGGUGCAGGGCAUUUCUUUGCACAGCACCCCUCUGCCCACCAGGAGCGGCGGCCGGAGGCGGAGGGCAGAGCCGGCGCCUGGCGUCCGGGGAACCCCUACUGCUCCCCGGUUCUGGUGCGCAAAAAAGCCAUCCGCAGCAAAGUCCUGCUCGGGGCUUACCGGGACUGCGGGGGCGAGAGCCAGCUCCACCAGCCGCCCCGCGACGCCGCGGCGGCGGGAUGGGAGAGCAAAGGGGCGAGGAGCUUGGCCUUCCUCCCCGAAAACGAGAGCGUCCUCGCCGAAAGCGUGUGGGCCUUCGCCGGCAUCGCCAGGGACGGCGGGAUCGCGCUGCUGCGGCAGGACGUCCCCGGCGCCUUCCUCCUGCGCCCCGAGCCCGGCCUGGCCAAGCGCUGGUGCCUGUGGGUGCGGGCGCCCUGCGGCGUCGUCCCUUAUUGCCUCUUCAGGACCCACCAGGGCAGGUUCUGCGUGGAGCACUCCAACGCCGAGUUCGCCAGCGUGGCUGCUCUCCUGGCUCACUAUUCCGGGGCGCCGGGGAGCUGCUUCUGCCGCCUGGCCCCCGGCCGUCGCAACCCCGGCUACGAGGAGCGGGACCCCGGCGGCGGGGCCAGCGCCUGGGGGGAGGCCGCCUGGGCCCCCGCCGCCCCCAUUGGGGUGCAGCAUGAGUGGGGUUAGGCCCGGCCGCCCCCGCUCGGGCACGGCUACCCCCCAAAAUCCCCACUUAGCUUUAAAUCGCUGCCGUCUGCCUUAUUUAUUCCCCUCCCGCGGGCUGCGCGCGCGCUCGGCGGGCUGUACGGCGCGCCUCCGGCAAUAAAUGGCUCUUGUGCUACCGGA